AUGUUCCUCCUCCUUCUGCUGCUGUGUGGGGCCCCAAAGGCUGCUGCAGACAGCAUCCAGGCCAUCUAUGUGGUCUCUGGGGAGUCAGUGCAGCUGCCCUGUCCCUUACCAUCCAUCCUCAAGGGAGAACAACUCCUGUCAUGGUUCCGCAGCCCUGCUGCAGGCUCCUCCACCAUCCUGGUGGCUCAGGUGAGAGUGACCAGGACAGUCCAAGAUCUUGGGAAAACUGAAAAGGAUUCCAGGUUCAGGGUCCUGGGAAACUAUUCGUUGUGGCUUGAGGGUUGCCAGGACAGAGAUGCUGGACGGUACUGGUGCACCGUGCUGGAUGAGCACCGAAAGUACCAGAACUGGAGGGUAUAUGACGUCUCUGUGCUCAAAGGAUCCCAGUUCUCUGUGAGGUCUGCAGAUGGCUUCUGCUCCCUUCUCCUGUGUUCUGCAGUUCCUCCUAGACAUCUGGGUUCUGUGACCUGGCUAGAGGAGAAGGGACAUGUGAAAGGACACACUCAGUACUUUUGGGGUAAUGGGGCUGCCCUGCUCUUGGUGUGUCCACUGGAGGGGCUUCCAGAGCCCAGGAGCUGGAGGCCAAGGACCAUUCACUGCCUCAUGCCUCAGAACAAGAGACUCAGCUUUAGCCUAGCAGUCUCCAUGGGUGCUGCUCCCACUGUCUGCGCCCCUUUCCCUAGCUGGGAUGUGCCCUGGAUCCUGAUGCUGCUGCUCACUGUGGGCCAAGGACUCACCAUCCUAGCCCUGGGCAUCAUGCUCUGGAAGCGGAGGGCCCCGGGGGCUCAGUGCCAAGAUGCCUCGAUUCCUCCCUUCAAACCCGAGACCCAGGUCUAUGAGAACAUCCACUUAGCCCGCCUUAGGUAA